UGGAUGACAAGCAAAAGCUCAGGAAAACCUGGGACGUGUGUAGAGAGGUCCCUGUCAUCCAGGAUGAACAGACAUCUCAAAGGCUAGAGAAACUUCUGCAAUGGUUGUCCUUCUUCAUUGUUGCUGUUUUUGCAUUUUCUUUUGCCAUAUUUAGUAAGGGAUCCUUUCUGCUCCUGAUAACACUGUCAAGUAACGCCACCUACACAGUCCCAGCUGACCAAAAGCCAUGCGCUCUCCUCAGUAUCAGUGUUGCAGUGAUUGGUCCAAGUGUUCUGCUCCUCAUCAAAAGCAUGUGGAAGAUAAUAUUCAAAGAUUCCCAGAAACCAUCAAAGAAGACAAUGGCAUGGGUUCUGAGUGUUGACUUCCUGGUGUCACUGGGGACAGCCAUUCUCACCAUUGUCUCCAUGCCAUUCUUUGGAAUUUUGAUCAACUCUAUGAUGCUGAACAGCAUUAGCCUUCUGUCCUCUAUCUUCCAGGUGGUUGCUCAUUGCGUUGCGAGGAAGAGUAGCCGAUUUAUUGUGCCUCCAAUCAUCUCAAUAGUCCUCAUACUGGCAGGCUAUGUGCUCUACAUCUUCAGUCACCUGCUUGUGAUAGAAGAUAGGGAUAUAAACAUCAGGAUAGGACUUGCUAUAGUGGGAACCAUCUUUGUCUCACUGAACUGGUGGGAGAACUACAGCACCCUCUUUAGGAGCCCAUUUCUAAACAGUAUAUCUGAAGACAUAGCAAGAUCAAGAAAUGUGAUGAGCAUUCUUUCCAGCGUGGUUCGGAUCCUGGUUACUGCAGCCGUGGUGGGGGCGUAUGUCCCUCUGUCUGGUAGAGAUUGGUCAUCGGUGACAUCAGUUCCAGACAACGUAAGGAGGGUGAUCUGGAUCUUGGUGGGAAUCCAGAUAGUGUCCUCUGCUCUGUGCCACUGGUUUGUUGUGGUGGCCUGUAAAAUGCACGCCAUGCGGUGGAGCUUCCUUCUACCUAUUUACCUGGCCACCUUAGGGGUUGUGGCAGCUUUCAUAUCGCCUGUCAUUAUCUUCUACCAGAAUUUGAGUAAAACCAGAGGAGCAAACUACACAAUGACAGAGUACUGCAACGACAUCACAUGUGACAGCAUCCUAAUUCAAGACAAUGUCUGGUAUGAAAAGCUUGUCAUGGAUAUCACCUAUACCCUCUGCCAGAACAACAUGACCAACAUUACAGCAAUAGGGUUUUCAGUUGGAUGCACGCUCUGCUGGUGGUUGGGUUGGAUGCUCUGCACAAUGUACAUUUGGUUCCUCAAGCUUCAGCGAAUCGAGAGGACCCAAGACCUGUUUGUGCGCAGGAUGUAUGAGGGGGCCUUUCUGGAACAAUCACUUCUGCUCAACACACGUUUUGUGAUUCAAAAGAACAAACGCCACAUACAAGCUGACCCAGUCACAGUGUACCUGUGUGCAACAAUGUGGCAUGAGAAUUAUGAUGAAAUGAUGAAAAUUAUCAUCUCAAUGUUCAGGCUGGACAAAUACAGGCCGAAGAAUGACACCACUGAUGAUGUAAAAUUUGAGUCUCACAUUUACUUUGACGACGCCUUUAAAGACGUGGAAGGUAGUAAAGAACGACAUGUUAACGAAUAUGCAGAGGACCUGGUAGAAGUUAUCCGAGAGGUUUACAGAAUUUUCAAUGAGGUGGAAUCAGGCAUAUUUAGGGAGAACCAAAUCCUCCCAAGGCAGAAGAUCCUGCGUACCCCUUAUGGAGGUCGAUUGGAGUUCACACUCCCUAAUGGCAACCUGAUGAUGGUGCACUUUAAGGACAAAAAACUGAUCCGCCACAAGAAGAGAUGGUCUCAGAUUAUGUACUUGUACUACAUUCUUGGAUGGCGACUCACCAGGAAGUACUUCAAGAAAUAUGUAGAUGGUGAAGAUGAAUGGGAAUUGAAUCAAAAGAUGCAGAAAGAGAAGGCCAACACCUACCUCCUGGCUCUGGAUGGGGACACAGACUUCCAGCCUUCUGCGGUAAUGCUCCUGAUAGACCGACUGAAACUCUACCCACAUGUAGGUGCGGCAUGUGGAAGGAUCCAUCCAACUGGUACAGGUCCUAUGGUUUGGUACCAGAAGUUUGAGUAUGCUGUGGGCCACUGGCUUCAGAAGACAGCAGAGCAUGUGUUUGGUUGUGUGCUCUGCAGCCCCGGAUGCUUCAGUCUGUUCAGAGGUGCAGCCCUCAUGGAUGACAACGUGAUGAAGAGAUACACUACUAAAGCCACAGAGGCCGGCCACCACGUACAGUACGAUCAAGGUGAAGACCGCUGGCUCUGUACUCUCCUUCUGCAGCAGGGCUGGAGGGUGGAGUACAACGCUGCAUCAGAUGCCUACACCAAUGCCCCUCAGGACUUCAAGGAGUUCUACAACCAGAGACGGCGCUGGGGUCCCUCCACCAUGGCCAACACCCUUGACUUGUUGGGAUCAGGGUCUCUAACCUCGCAGAGAAACAGCUCAAUCUCCAAACCCUUUAUCCUCUAUCAAAUUAUCAGCAUGGCCGCCUCAGUCCUAGGUCCCGCCACCAUCUGCCUAAUGAUCUCAGGAUGCUUGACGUUAAUCCUAAACAUAGAUGCCAACUUAGCUUUGUUCCUUGCAGUGGUUCCUCCUGUCAUAUAUCUGAUUCUGUGCUUCAAGCUGAAGUCAGACACACAGAUCACCAUAGCAGCCGUCUUGAGUGUCUUCUACGCUUUCCUCAUGAUAGCAACUGCCCUUUCCAUCGUAGGAACUAUGGUUGAAGAGCAGACCAUUUGGACCCCCAGCGGGCUGUUUAUCAUCGCUAUGAUUCUGAUGAACAUCAUCACAGCAGGACUCCACCCUAAAGAGUUCCAUCUGGUCAUCUACGGCCUCCUCUACUUCGUCUGUAUCCCCAGUGGCUACCUCCUGCUGACCAUCUACUCCAUGGUCAACUUGAACAAUGUGUCCUGGGGCACCAGGGAGACAGGUGGCCCAGCUGCUGCUAAACCACCAACCCAGACCAUCACACAGCGCAUCCUACAGGCCAAGUGCUGCAAAUGUCCCUGCUGGAACAAUGGUAAAGCAGUGGAACAGAAUGACCAGGUGACUCAAAUGGUGGUGAUGGAUGAUAAGGCGAAGAUGACACCUGACCUGACCACUCAGGACAACAACUGGAAAGCGGGAUGCUAUUCUCAUCAAUAUAUUGAACAAAACUGGGUAAAACAGCUACAGAAUAAGUCCCGUGACUUUCCUCUUAAUGAGGAAUAUCUUGUGAAGGAAGAGGAGGACUUUUGGAGAGAGCUACAGAAGCUUUAUUUGGACCCUCUGGCGGAGGAUAAAGAAAAACAGAACAAAAUCGCAAAGGACCUAAUGGAACUUAGAAACAAGGUGACUUUUGUGUAUUUCAUCUGCAAUGCCAUGUGGCUGGUGGCGACGUUCACUCUUCAACUUAUUGGAACCUCAGUCACUAUCAAAAUGCCAAAGUACAAUAUCAACCUGACUCAGACUAGCGAGUAUAUAUUCAUCGAUCCAAUAGGACUGAUGUUCCUUUUAGGAUUCACAACAUUACUGGUGAUUCAGUUUAUUGGCAUGUUCUACCACAGAAUUUACACAUUGAUCCAUUUUGUGGCAUUUGUGAGUAUGGAAUCCUCUCAAAAAAAGACUGGGGGAAGACCAUCAUACGAGAUAAUGCCGGUUCCUGAGCUUCUGGAGACUGAGCUGAAAGACACCAAACAUUUUGGUGAAUUUCGGACUAUAGAGAAUCCAACAAUCCAGAAAUAUAGAAGAGAAACGCUACUGUGAGAACCAAUUACUGGUUCUCACAGUGGCUCCUAAGAAUGGAUUUUAGAUUUUCUGUCCAUCUCAGAUCUUUUCUUCUCCAUAUUAAAUAUUUUGACGGUUUUGCACGUGUGCCUCUCUAUGUAGAUGAGGCUAUUUUGCGUUGCUGCUUCUCGGAUGCCACUUUUCCUUCCUGCCCAGACCAGGUACAGAUGAUUGUCUGUUGUAAUCUUAACACUUUGACACAAGCAUGAUACAGAAAUAGCAAUGCAAUUUAUCCUUUCACGGCAAACACGCAAAGGCAGACUGACCAAGUCACGCAAACCAACUCACCCACUCUGUCAAACUCUGUUGACCGGCUAUGAAGUGGCUGGGGGCAGAAAAGCAAUCAAAGUUGUUCUUUUCCAAGAAAUUAGACAAACAUGGCAGUAUCACUGCUCUAAUCCUUAAUGUACUUAAUCCCAAAUAUGGUUCCUGUCUAUAACAGAAAAGGUUUUCCCCAGUGCGUAUAUUGUGCCUUCCUCUGUUAAUGCAAUAUCCUCUGUUUCAAAAGACAGAAAAUUGUGGCCUAUAUCCAAAAUUAGCUGAUUAUAGUCGCAGGAUUUUUCUAAUUCCUGGACAGGUUUUCAUUCAUUUGUUGGGUUUGCUGUAAUAUACAUAUGCCCACUUAGAUUAUUAAUUCACUGGUGCUGAAAGUUCUGAAAUGUCCUUUAAUUUGCCAAGCCUCUUAACUUCCUGUUAGUGAUCAUGAUUGACUACAGCUGGUAGCUUCUCUGUGCCAACAUAAAAGUUUGACAGCACUCAAUGGAUUGACCAACACAGUAAAAUGGGAAACUUCAAGAAGCUCAGUGCAGAUCUGAAAAAGAGGAUGGUAGAUUUAUAGGAAUGUCUCUUUGAGGCAUUUCUAAAUAACUGCAGAUUCAAUGAUCAUUGGUUCCAACAAUUCUAAGUUAUUGAGGGGUGUAGCCAUUUUGCCAAGGUCUGGAAGAAGACCCAAGGCAUUCGACUGUGUCUCUCGCGGCAUCCUGUGGAGGGUGCUUGGGGAGUAUGGGGUCCUGGGUCC